AAUGUUGACCUGUGCUGCCUCCCCACCCCUGCUUUUGUCCUCUGAGCCCCCCUCCCCUGGAAUCCUUGGAGAGGGAGCAGGUGCUGGGAUCCCUCCCCCUGCUCUCCCUCCCCUCACCCCCCUCAGGCUGCCUGGGGUUUCACCCGGAGCCUCCUGACCACUCCCGGAGGCUGCUGGGGAGGCAAGGGCGGAGACCGAGGCAGGGCCGCGGUGGGGGUGGAGGGCGGGACCUCUGGCUGGCGGGAAGCUUUGACUUUUCCUCCUUAAGGGCUAGAGGUGAAGCCGCUCCUUACCGUGCUAAGCCUUUAGGGUGAUCCUGGCUGCCUGUCAGCCUUUCCUGGGCCCGUAGAGAUGUGUGUGUGGAGGGUGUCUCCAUGCACAUGGCCGGGGUGUCUGAGUGUGUGUCAGUGCAUGGGUGUGCCUGGUGCCGUGUGCACGUGGACGUUGUGUGUUUGUGGGGCUGUAGUCUGCGCUGCAGAAGGAGAGGGGAUAGAGACACUAAGGUGAUGACUGACAUCACUCUGGGUUUCCCCACUCUCAGAAGUACUUGCUGCGUUCCAUCUUUGCCAGCAGCCUGUCGAAGUCUGCACUGCUUUUCUCCCCAUUUUGCAGACGAGAUCUUGGGGCUGGCCGGCAUCUUGGGGCCCACCGCUUCUGAGUAGCACAGGAGUGGAGAUAGCACCAAGCCAGGCUCCCCACACACGCCUCGACCUCACCUGCCCCUGCUCUCUGCCAGAGGCAGCAUGGUCCGAGGGGCACCAUGGGGCCCGACAGAGUGACAGCACGAGAACUGUGUGAGAACGACGACCUGGCCACCAGCCUCGUCCUAGACCCCUACCUCGGUUUCCGCACCCAUAAGAUGAAUGUCAGCCCUGUGCCCCCCCUGCGGCGACAGCACCACCUGCGCUCAGCGCUGGAAGCUUUCCUGAGGCAGCGGGACCUGGAGGCUGCGUACCGGGCCCUGACGCUGGGAGGCUGGAUGACCCACUACUUCCAGAGCCGGGGCCCGCGGCAGGAGGCUGCCCUCAAGACCCACGUCUAUCGCUACCUCCGUGCCUUCCUGCCGGAAAGUGGCUUUACCAUCCUGCCCUGCACACGCUACUCCAUGGAGACCAACGGAGCCAAGAUCGUGUCCACCCGUGCUUGGAAGAAGAAUGAGAAGCUGGAGCUGCUGGUGGGCUGCAUUGCAGAGCUGAGGGAGGCAGAUGAGGGGCUGCUGAGGGCCGGUGAGAAUGACUUCAGCAUCAUGUACUCUACCCGCAAGCGGAGUGCUCAGCUGUGGCUGGGCCCUGCCGCCUUCAUCAACCAUGACUGCAAACCCAACUGCAAGUUUGUGCCCGCAGAUGGGAACGCAGCCUGCGUGAAGGUGCUCCGGGACAUCGAGCCAGGGGAUGAGGUGACGUGCUUCUAUGGCGAGGGCUUCUUCGGUGAAAAGAAUGAGCACUGUGAAUGCUACACCUGUGAAAGGAAAGGUGAAGGAGCUUUCCGAACGAGGCCUAGGGAGCCUGCGUUGCCACCACGGCCCCUGGACAAGUACCAGCUACGUGAGACCAAGCGGCGGCUGCAACAAGGCUUGGUCAGCAGCAGCUGGCAGGGCCUGCGGGGCCCUCGGGCCUGCGCACACCUGUCCUCACUGCACCGGGACCCAUUCUGCGCUGCCUGCCAGCCCCUGCGCCUGCCACCCUGCAGUGCCCACCUAGACACCUCUCCCCUCUGGCUCCAGUGGCUGCCUCAGCCCCAGCCCCGAGUGCGGCCCCGGAAGCGCCGACGCCCCCGGCCCCGGAGGGCCCCAGUGUUGUCCACCCCCUACAAUGCCCGAGUCUCCCUGCACCAAUGGGGAGGCUGUGGCCCCCACUGCCGCCUAGGAGGAGAGGUCCUGGUGGCCCUGGGCCAGCCUCCCCUCACCCACUGGGGCCCCCAGCAUGACUGGCACUGGGCCCGGCACUAUGGGCUGCCUUACGUGGUGCGUGUGAACCUUCACCGCCUGGCCCCAACCCCACCAGCCACCCCAGCCCCUGCUGGGACCCUAGGCCCCCCCAUCCUGAUCCCGAAACAAGCCCUUGCCUUCGCCCCUUUCUCCCCACCCAAGCGCCUACGGCUGGUGGUCAGCCACGGCUCCAUCGACCUGGAUGUCGACGGUGAAGCGCUGUGACAGACUGGACGGGGAUGCCCAGCAGGGAGGGAGGGUCUCUCUUCUAGCCACCCCAGGACCUCCAGAAGGAGCCCUUGGGCCUCUGUGAGGGAGCUGACUCUUGACCCCAGCACAGCUCUGACCCUGGAGCAGGGCUGGUGUGGAUACCCCCAGGGAGCUGACCCCUGACCCUUUGUGACUGCUGACCCCUGAGCCACCCCCGCCCCCACAGGAAGCCCUGGCCAUUUGCUGCCCUCCCCACCCCUGCCCCAGCCUUAGGACUGCAGGAGCCACCCGACUCCCUCAACCCCUUCCUCCCCAGGGAGCAAAGCCAUAGGGGGCAGGGGCCACCCAUGGCGUCUCCCCAGAAGUCCAGGCUUCAGGAGGAGGUAGAACUGACCUAGGGGUAGCACUCCCCAGAGACUGCCCCAGGAAGGGGACUGGGUUCGCUCUCGGUUCUGCAGCUGUCUGCGGUAGGGGGAAGGGUGGGGGAUGUCUGGGGGCACGUCCUCCUCACCACCCCCAUGGGUCUCAGGGAGGCCGGGUGCGACCUCAUCUUUCUAUGGUGCUAUCCCUGGUGCUAUUGGGGUGGGGGGGCUCCCUCCCCACCCCCGCACCAGAAAGGGGUAUGUUGGGGGAUUGGAAGCACUUGAACUUUUUAUUUUAUUAAAACCUUGUUUUCAGUAGCA